AUGAACCAGGAUGAAGUGGCGAAGGCGCUGUUGGGCAUGGCGGAAGCGCUGAGAACUCAGGACCCGCCAAAACUCAAAAUGGCUAUUAAAUGUGCAAGAAGCGCUGUAAAACUGGACACAAACGACGAAACGAGGGCUCGAUGCAAUUUGCAGCUCGGAAAAUUGCUCUUUUUCUAUACAGAGAAUUUCGACCUAGCCCGCAAUCAUUUGCAGUUGGCGUACGACAAAAUGACACAAAUGGGCGAUUUCGCUGCUCGGGAGCGAAUGCACGCUAUUUCGAUGAUUGCCGAUCUUUAUAUUCACUACCAAAACUGGCCGGCUCGACCGAUUAAAGACGCGCUAAAACACGAGAUUCUGCAUACACGUGGAUUCCAGACGCUCACCAAUAAGCUCCUGUUUCAAUUGAUUUUUUUAGCACUGGAAGCGGAUCCAGCAGACAAGGCUCAUCUGGAAGUGAUCAAAGAUUUUUUCGUUUGUACAAAGCUGGCCUACAUGUUUUAUCAAGGCAAAUCGCGAACGUCCAGACAACUUUUGAGACAAAUUCAAAAGCAACAGACGAGUGGAGAGACGACAAUUCAGGGGAUCAGAUGGCUGGGCGAAGCGUCGAUGACCCUGUUCGCAUGCGUAAUGAACAUCACCUCAGCGUUGGUUCAAUCGAAUCCGGGUCGACUGGAGAAAUAUUUCAAUUUAGUCGUGAAACAUGCGGAUGACGCCAUCUACAAGUACACACGAACACCNCAGGAGCCGGGUGUCGUUCGAUGUAUCAAUAUGAUCAAAAUGACGACGUUGGAGAUGAUGGCUUGCUGUAAUGUGAUGGCGUGUCGACCAGAACAGACACUGUCGAAUGUUCGGGAUAUGCUGGAGAUGUGUAAUCGAUCCAGUGGACCGCUGUUGUAUCGAUUCUAUGCACCACAUAUUCAGUAUAUUUUGUAUCAUUUUGGAGCUCUUGAGUUUUUCUACCAUACUCAAUUCAGUUGGUUCCAAAAUAUUGGAGGUCUCCAAUGUUGUUAUUUCCAUCAAUACGACUACGCGGAGAAGCAUUUCGUCUCGGCGCUGAAUUUCAUUAAUCCAGACGACACCAUGUCGCAUAAUAAGAUUGCUUUCAUCAAUUUGAAUUUGGCAUGGACGUAUUUGAAUCAGUUGAAAAUGGCGGAUUAUUAUGAAGUCGCUGAGAGACUAACAGCCCCAAAAAUCGCGGGAUGCUCACAGAUGCUGAAGAGCAACUGGUUCGACGGCGACCCAUUCAAGCUGCUGCCCCGUGACGACGCUUCGCUUCUACUCUAA